GACGAAUUCCCAUUUCUCUUCCCACUGCAGUCACCGAGCACUCCGGGGAGAAAGGCCCCUGCUACCUGCUGGUGGACUCUGAGAAGCGGUGCGCCUACCCCCUGGGUGGGGAACUCACCAAGCAGAUAUGCUGCUGUUCAGUGGGCAAAGCCUGGGGCUCGAACUGCGACCCAUGCCCCAUCUCCGGCACAGAGUUCCACGAGACGUGCCCAGCGGGCAUGGGCUACCAGUUCUCCAGCUCGCACCAGAAGAUCAGCAUCCCGCCGGGGAACAGUAUCACGGUGCGGAUCGGCCCCGACGGUAAGGCCCGCAUCGUCCAAGUGCCGAUCACCGGGCCCACCGCUCUCCCGCACCAGGAGAUUGACAAGGACGUGCUGGAAGCAACCACUAUCACUUUGGUGCCCACCUUCAGCCUCACAGAGAAAGUCUUCUCGUCGAGUUUCAUCCCAUUCGGAUCGAGAUUUCCGGUAGAAUUGGAUCCUCGACCUACGACCCCAGCUGUGAAACUGCUACAUCCGGAGGAACCCAUGGAGUUUGGACCCUCCCAGGUCAUUGAAAUGGACACGUGCAAAGUCAACCGAGGCAUCUGCGGGCACGGCGUCUGCGUCCACGACCCGGCCGGCUACACCUGCGCCUGUCACAGCGGCUACCAGCUCCACGCCCACAUCAAACAGUGCGUCGAUGUCAACGAGUGCAACAGUAACCCGUGCGGAGCCAGGCAAGGCAAGUGUGUGAACUCCAUCGGCACCUACACCUGCCUCUGUUAUCACGGCUUCCAGCUGCAGGAACUUCCGGAGGGGAGCACCUGUGUCGACAUCAACGAGUGCAGCGACGGGAUCCUCUGCGCCAAUGGCCGAUGCAUCAACACCGAGGGCUCGUUCUUCUGCCUCUGCCACGCCGGCUACGGGCUGCACAAGCACCCGACCUCCUGUGAAGACAUCAACGAGUGCCUCAGCCCCGGCACCUGCCCGCGGGGGGAGUGCAGGAACAAACCGGGCUCGUACGAGUGCGUGCCAUGUCCGGAGGGCUAUCGGAGCCAGGCCGGCGAGUGCUUCGAUAUCGACGAGUGCGUGGACAGGUCUUUCUGCUUGAACGGAAAGUGUCACAACUCCAAGGGCUCGUACAGUUGCACCUGCAACAAGGGCUUCCAGCCGCUGCCGGACAAGAAAGGUUGCCAAGACGUCAACGAGUGUAACAAUAGGAGGCUGUGCGCCAACGGUCGCUGCUUGAACACGGAGGGGUCCUUCCAGUGUCGCUGUCACCUCGGUUACCGCCUGUACAGCCACAAGACCUCCUGCGAAGAUAUCGACGAGUGCAUCGAGGUGGAGAGAGCUUGUCUUAACGGGGAGUGUGUCAACACGCCAGGGUCCUACACGUGCCAGUGUCACCCGGGGUACCAACUGCUGGACGGCGUCAAGUGCAAAGACAUCAACGAGUGCGCCCUGAACCGCUCUCUGUGCGGUCCGUACGGCACGUGCAAGAACACCGACGGCUCGUACUCCUGCGUCUGCGACCCGGGCUUCAUCCUGUCCGCAGACGGCUCCGCCUGCGAAGAGCCGGAGAAGCCGGAGGGUAAGAAGGAGUGCUACCUCAGCCUCGAUGACCCGAUAUUCUGCGACAGUGUCCUGGCCACCAACAUCACCAAGGAGGAGUGCUGCUGCUCGCUGGGCGCCGGCUGGGGCGACCUCUGCGAGAUCUACCCCUGCCCUGUGCACAGUACAGCCGAGUUUCACUCCCUGUGCCCGGACGGGAAGGGGUACUUGGUGGACAACGACAACUUGUUCAGCACUGGCCUGCCAACCUACAGAGACAUCGACGAGUGCACGUUAUUCGGGCAGGAGAUCUGCAAGGAGGGGUUCUGCAUGAACACGCAGCCCGGAUUCGAGUGCUACUGCAAGCAAGGCUACUACUACGAUGGCUCACUGCUCCAGUGUCUAGAUGUCGAUGAGUGCCAGGACCUCCAGAGCUGCCCCAACGCCAGGUGCAUCAACACUAAGGGGUCCUUCACCUGCGCCUGCGUGCCGCCGAUGACCUUCGACACGGUGAAGAGGCGUUGUGUGCAGCCCCUGGUCCUCAACGACCGGCCGGAGAUGGAGCGGGACCUUUGCUGGAAGCGCCUCAACAGUGACCUCACGUGCAGCCACCCCGUCCUCGGGCAUCACACCACCUUCUCGGAGUGCUGCUGCCAACACGGCCUGGCCUGGGGGCUGGAGUGCCACAUCUGCCCCCCGAGGAUGUCAGCCAACUUCCCCCACCUGUGUAACGCCACGCGGUGGGUUCCAGGCCCGCGUCCGGGGCGGCGCGCGGACCGGAGCCGGCGGGAGCAGCUGGACACAUCGCAGAGCAGUGACGAUAACAGUUCCUACGACGACUCCGACGAGUGUUCCUGCAGGUAUGGGCGAUGUGUACGAGGACGGAGGUGCGACUGCUAUAAAGGCUUCCAGCGGGACAGCAGUGGGAAGUGUCGAGAUAUCAACGAAUGUCGUGAACGGCAUCACAAGGGGUCGCUCUGCAAGAACGCGAGGUGCGUGAACACCAUGGGCUCGUACCGCUGCGUCUGCUUCCAAGGUUUUGUGCCAGAACGACGCCACGGGAGAUGCAUACGGCGGAAGAUGAGCUAAAAAAAACCUCCGCACAGGCACAGAGCCCGAAGCAAAUUAAAACUCUCGUCCAUUUCUCUUUCUUUCUUUCUUUCGGCCAGACCGACCCUCGCAAGGAACUGUGUCUCAAACGAUAACUUCGAAAAUAUUUGUUUAAUUUUUUUGGAAAGACGCGUUUAACAUUCAGAAACAAUGCAGGGGGAGGAAAAGAAGCCGUAGUUUACCAUUACCUUUGGUUGAUGGUGCUUAGUUGUCCAAUAUGUAUUUUAUAUCGAAUGAUCGUUUUAAAAGAUUUUUUUUUUUAUAAACACAAUUUGGUGGCUAGUUUGACCACAUCCAGAAUGCUAAACCAAAGAACUCCUGGACAGUGGCGCCAUAGGUUUCCGUUUGCAGAAGAUUUGGCUAGGCAGCCACUUUCCAAUUUGAACCAAAAGGAGAGUUGAAAGACUUUGGCCACGUGUUGGCAACAGAGGGCGCCAUCAGCUGCCUUAUUGAGUGUACCGCUGUUAUUUUAGAGACUGGACUGUGAUGUAGAUACUAAUAUAGGACGUGAAGCCACUGGUCAAUCAGUAAUACGCAGCUUGAAGGUAAAAUGGCCCAACUUUCCUGCUUAAUAGAUCGACAAGGUGAAAAGUUCAAACCUCGAAAGCAUCGCUGUAGUUUUCUUAGCUGUACUUUCUCGGGAAUGUUUCAAUUUCUAAAAGGCUUACAGGUUCUGUUGUCACCGCAGAGAGAGGACAUUCUGGAGCCAUUCUAGGGUUUGCAUUCAAGGGCCACACUUCCGUCAAGAUGUUGGGGUGGGGGGGUGUGAAGCGUUGCGUGGACGUCAGAGACGGCUGAAGGUCUAGCAGCGCUGCGGAAGUACACACACGAACAAGGAUAGGGCAUUUGAGAAAUGGGGACCACAGGACUACUCACUGAGAAAUUAUUCAAUGAACCUGUUAUGUGGAGAAUGAGAGCCAAAAGAUGUAGGAUAACACAAGAUGCUGGAGGAACUCGGCAGGUCAGGCACAAAGGAACAGGGUCAAGGUUUCAAGCCGAGACCUCUCCAAGUCCUGGAGACCUGACCUGCUUAGCUCCUCCAGCAUUGUGUGUUACUCUGGAUUUCUACCAUCUCCUGUGUUAAAGAGACAGGAUGGAAGCAUGAUCAGUGAUCUAGCUCCAAAACGUUAAUAGUCAAUGUCCUCUAGGUACAUUCCCUCCAGCAUUGAAGAAACUUGAGUAAGCAUUCAUACAUUAAAAAAUUAUGUUAAAGUCAUAGAAAAGUACACACAGAAACAGAUCCUUGAGCCCAUUUAGACCAUGCCAAACUAACCUGCCUACUCCCAUCAACCUGCAUGGGGACCAUAGCCCUCCAUACCCCUACCAUCCAUGUACCUAUCCAAACUUCUCUUUAAAUGUUAAAAAUAGAGCUUGCAUGAACCACUUGCACUGGCAGCUUGUUCCUCACUUCCACAACCCUCUGAGUGAAAAAGUUUCCCCUCACGAUCCCCUUAAACUUUUCCCCUUUCACCCUUAACCCAUGACCUCUGGUUGUAGACCCACCCAACCUCAGUGGAAAAAGCCUGCUUGCAUUUACCCUGUCCAUACCCCUCACAAUUUUGUACCCCUCUAUCAAAUCUCCCCUCAAUCUUCUAAGUUCCAAGGAAUAAAGUCCAAACCUAUUCAAUCUUUGUAAACAUCUCUGUAAAUUUUCUCUGUACCCUUUCAACCUCAUGGACAUCUUUCCUGAAGGUAGCUUUCUUGUGCACCUUCUCCCGCUAACAAUCUUUUCCAAACGUUUAGUUCAAUGGGUAGCCUUCCAACUACCUGCCUCUUCCCCUCAAAGCUCACAUCGAGCCUUAAGAAGGUGAUUUGGUCACAGACACGCCAAAGUGAAACUGCCAGAACUUGGCAGCCAGAUACCUGCAGCUUCUUCAAAGUAUCGGCCAUACUCUGUCCCACGUGUGCACAACCAAAUGGACCACUCUCUUUCCUUUCUCAGCGACAAGUCACUUACAUUUACACUGGGAGGAGUGUAUCCUUGGCUGUGUUGUGGAUAUCCUCUGCAGAUGCCCGACCGACAGAUCUGUCUCACUCGCUCCAGUGUUGAAGGCCACUCUGCUGAGGAUGCUCUUCCCUCAUCUCAGAAGUGCUGGGGUACAGGCACUCUCAAACCCCCCCCCCCCCCCCCACCCAAAUCAAGGUACCGUGUCACUCAACUCUGCAAGGUUGUUAAGCAGCGGGGGCAAGAAUAGCAAGGCACGUAGGUUUUGCGCAGCGCACUCUGCUCUGAUACCUUCCCCUCCCUAAUACUGGGCUGUUGGGAACGUGUUGGAACUCUACUUGGGAAUGACUGAGAGAAGAGAACGAGACACAAGAGGCAGCCAAUCAAAAAUGACAAUCAAGAACAGCCUAAAUGUCAAAUAUUUAUUUUAAUAGAUGUCUUUUUUUAAAAUGUUGAUAGAUUUGCAAUAAACUUUUUAUCUACGCGA